AUGGGCAAACGCUCGUCUUCAACGGUAAAAGCGGCCCCUUCAGCCAAACGUCAUCGCGCUCAUGGUUAUGAAGCUGUUUCGACACGUCUCGACGCCGACCCAGAUAUCUGCAAGCCAUAUGUCCGCGAUGCUCAAAGUCCAAUAAUCAUGGCAGAGGACGAGGAACCCAUUGAACGACCAUACUGGGUCAGCGAAUCCACCGCCAUCCGAAUGGCCGCCCACUCCCGGAUAAACACCUUGGUUUCUGGCCGAACGUGGCAGAGCCUUGACCUGGUGGAGCAUGUCUUUGGGAGAAUACUACCCAUACCACUGGUCACAAGUAUCCUCCUCGACCUCCUCAGGUUGCAGAUGCUGUCAGUGUCCCUAAACGAGGAUGCAGCUCCAUGCGAACGGUGUAGACCGGCAAUUGUCAGCGUCCCUAUUCAUGCCUUCGGCAAGCGCUCUCCGCCAGCACUUCCACCCCACUUCCACUCGCUUGAACCCUGCGUCAGCAAGAUUCAGUCGCCCUUGUCACCUAUACGACUCAAAAAACAAAUCGGCUCCUUCCCCAGCAAUGUGACGGAGAUGGAACCAGAACCAGAGCGCGUGACCUGCGACUGUACUUUGCUUACCUUACAGCGGCAGCUACAGCAGCAGCUUCUCUCCCCAUUGCCGCAUCUCCCUGACGUGGAUGGCUUCGACUUCACCUGCAUUGACACUGACUACAUCUGUUGGAAGAGUUUCGCGACGACAGCGGAAAUCGGCAAGUCCGAUGACUUUCGGGCCUCCCUCUCUCAAUCCAUGAUCUACAUGCAACAGCAGUGUCUCGCUCAGCCCCACCUGCGCUCUGUCCUCGGGCUCACCAAGUCGCCCGACCGCAUCACUUUGACUCGCGCGGACGCCAUGGGCGUCGAGCACGGCACCUUUGACGUCCGGUCAGGAUGGGGAGUGGUGGAAACUGUGAGACUGGCGCUAGGCUUUGCCAUCGCGGAUGAUGAAACUCUAGGUCACCUGCCUGGCUUCGAGUUGCAGGAACAACGGUGCUUACGAUAUGUUGAUCCCCCGGCAAAGUCCCAGUUCAUGAAGAAUAGGGGACCUAUCUUCUCCCCCACUUCUAUCGGCGUUGCAACAAAGACCUCUUGGUCGAUUGCAGAGCUGACUGGGGAAGACGAGGAUGCGGAUAACCUGGAAGACGACGCGGAACAAGAAAAACCAAACGACUUCGAAGAGAACGCUCGUGAAGACAUGAAAUGUGCCCGUGUUCCCCUUUUCUUCACCGUGUCGAGAAGCGGGGAUCGCUAUUAUCUUGAUUUCCCUAUACACAUCCACGGUGCCUUCGGUCGGAUGACGAGGGUAUGGUGCGCUUAUCGUCAGCUCAGUCGCCACGACCAAAUUGCAGAGUUAGUCGACGAGCGAGACAGAGGGAAGGCGGAGGCCGAACUGAAAUCGGGGAAGGAAGUCUACUGUGGACCAUAUGCGCUCAAAAUUCAGAACGACAGUGUCGAUUCGGUCGCCUCCCGCGAGAAGCUUGUCGCGAAGAUCAAAGAGGCGGUUGACAAGGAAGCGAAGGAAGGGACUGGUGCAAUGUUCAUCCUGGCCCCAGAGCAGACCUACAACAACGGUAAUAUCACCAAACUCGUGCGGGGUUUUGAAACCUGUGAAACCCCUUUGGCCGCUCGCGGGUGUUCGCAGAGAGAGGAGAUUAUAACCGUCUCGCUCUUCAAGCGGACAUUGUCUCAAUACAAAUCCUUUGGCGAAGUUGCCAGAGCAAUUGCAGAUGGAUACCGUGCAAUAAAGUGGAUGGAAUCGAAGGGGUGGCUUCAUCGGGACAUCAGCAACGGGAAUUUACUGUUGGCAAACGAGGAACCCUCCUCCUUUUCAGAGCCAUUUUCUCCCCAUCCUAACAUUUUACUAUGCCGUCGUCUCCCAUCGAAUCCAGCCAAUGUUUAUGGUCUCCUGCACGACUUUGACACGUCUGGCGUAGUCAAUGACCCUAGCCCUCUUGACAAGAAUAAUCCAACGGGAACUGCACCGUACAUCCCCUUGCGAAUCCUUUGGGCACUCGGUGGUCCGCGUGCCGGUUCCGAUGACGCACAAAGUCUCUUCUUUGUUGCCUAUCUGUUUCCGUUUGACAAUGAGCCUCCGGCUGAAAUCUUUUCGCGAAACUGGCCUGAGCAAAGUUUGAGGAGAAGGUCGUGGGACAAGUUUAUCACCGCGCUUUACAAGUGUCUUUGGCUGCCAGACCCCACUGGACAAUGUUGCACUCCCUUAUGGGAAGUUGACAUCCAAUCUGUCAUUGACUCUUUAGACGCAUUUAUCGCAAGUGACGGACUUGAUGACUGCAGCGGGAAUUUAAAUGCAGAAGCCUCUCGCAAGUGA